GGCUCGGCGGCGGCGCCAUGCUGGGGCCCGGCGGCGCGGCGGGGGCGCGCGGGUACCUGAGCGGCGGCAGCGAGCAGCGGUGCCGGGCGCGGCUGGCGGCGGCGGGGCGCGGGGCGGCGGCGGCGGCGGCGGCGGUGCUGGUGCCGCUGUGCGCCGUGCGCGGCCGCCCCGCGCUGCUCUUCACGCUGCGCUCCCGCGCCAUGGGCGGCGCCCACAGCGGCGACGUGAGCUUCCCCGGCGGCAAGCGAGACGCGGCGGACGGCGACGCGGUGGCCACGGCGCUGCGGGAGACGCGGGAGGAGCUGGGCCUCGCCGUGGGCCCCGAACGCGUGUGGGGCCUCCUGCGGGCCGUGCCCAACCGGCAGGGGAUGAUGGUGGCUCCUGUCCUUGCGAACCUGGGGCCCUUCGAGGACAUGACUCUUACGCCCAACCCCCAUGAGGUUGAGGAGGUCUUCACCAUCCCCUUGGCUCACCUGCUGCAGGCGGAGAACCAGGGCUACACUCACUUCCGCUCCAAGGGCCGCUACAGCUACACCCUGCCCGUUUUCCUCAAUGGGCCCUACAAGGUAUGGGGGCUCACAGCCAUCAUCACCGAGCUGACACUGGAGCUGCUGGCGCCUGACCUCUACCGCAGGAAGACACGGGUGACUGGUGACCGCUGAGACCCUGCCAGCCUGCUCCUCUGUUAGCAGGGAGAGCUUGGUCCUGGGUCCUGACUUUUGUGGGAGGGGACCAGAGGCUGCUGGGGUGUUGACCCCCCCCCCCCCCCCCCUCGCCCCAGCUCUCGGUGACAGUGGGCUUUACAAAGCACUUGCAGGCCUGGGAUGUGGCCAGUGGUGGUUGAUGCAGAGCCUGCACAGACAGAUCUUUCCGAGUGCCUUGUCUGGGCUGCUGUUUUAUUCCUUUGGGCACCUCUAGGACACUCUCGCCACACACUCCUGAUUGGCAGGAGGAUGCUGCUGGGAAACUAGGGCGGCCCAGGAGCCGGCUCCACUGUCGCUCAUCCGCAGUGCUGCCAGCUCUUUGCCACAGGGCUCGAGUGGUCCUGUGCCCACAGCUGUUGCCACACCUUGUGAUUUAGCAAAGUAAAGUAUAAUGUUUUAAACCA